CAGAAUACUGAGGGAGGUCUUUACUAGAAAAACAGUAAUUGAUCAAAGCCAGAUUAUUCAAAUUUAAUAGCUAGCCUGGAACUGACAAUCAUCUAGUUUGAACAACCAAAACAACGCUGCUUCAAGAGUAUUUUAUGAUUCUGGUACUGUCUCAUCCUAGGAAUUUAAGUCCAUCAAAUAUCUACCUGUGGCUAGAGAUGUCAACGGGGCAGCACAGGACCGAAUUUCUGAUUCUCUAUCGCCAUCCCCCUUGGAUGAAAGCAUGAAAACGGAGCAUUACAUAGCAGAUUAUCAAUGAAGUCAACACUUACACUGCCACAUAAGUGCACAUUGCAUUCAACAAGAAUGACUUAUGUAAUCCAUAACUGACUAAAGCAUUUUACACUAUAAGCACCUAUAUCAUCCUGUCAAAACAUCUGCCAUGAAAAACAUGAACAGAUAUAACUCAUCAAUGUUCUGCAGAUAAUCAGAUUAGGUGUCAAAAGAAGAAUAAAGUAAUCACUAGAAGAAAAUAUUGUCAAAUUCCAUAAUAAUAAGAGAAUUUGAUGAUUAGGGUUUAGGGCAAAAAUGAAUUAGGAUUGUGUUUUAUAUAUUAAUGACUUUUUGAUAAUUAUUUAAAAAUAUAAAAGUUAUUAUAGAAAUUUAUAUGGGGUUAUUUCAGCUUGCGGGGAAUUUUUUGUCACCAACCCCGCUCAUAUGGGGAAAAUUUAAGCAUAUAUUAGCAGCAUAUACUAAGGAAAUUACAGAUUAAAGAGUCUGUUCAGCAGCAAGUUGAAGUUGAGUGCAGUUUCCGUAUUCUGCUAUGCUGCAAACGAAAUAUACAAGGAUAGCAAUUUUAAAAAUAUAUUCAACUUGUUCAGUGUAAGGUUUGUCUCCAAGCAUGAGGGACGGCAAUGUCAUUUCAGUCAAUUUAAAGUUCGGUCACUCCAAGUUUUCUUGGCCUGCACAUAUUUUCUUUUUAUCUUUUCUGUCUCGUUUUGCCGCUGGCCUGAAAUUUACUCCCUGCAGAGCACAAUCAUGGGUACUCAAGUUGAACAAACUGAUCUAAAGGACUACGACCCCCUCAGUCAGGUAGAUGGACAGCUGAAGAAGCAGAAGGUCAUUGAUGAUUGGCUUCCAAUCACUUCUUCGAGGAAUGCAAAAUGGUGGUACGCAGCUUUCCAUAAUGUUACCGCCAUGGUUGGAGCUGGUGUCCUCAGUCUUCCUUAUGCCAUGUCAAAUCUUGGAUGGGGUCCUGGUGUAGUGAUACUGGUGCUUUCAUGGACCAUCACCUUAUACACACUAUGGCAAAUGGUUGAGAUGCACGAGAUGGUUCCUGGAAGACGGUUUGAUCGAUAUCAUGAACUGGGACAGUAUGCCUUUGGUGAGAAGUUGGGUCUAUACAUAGUGGUGCCCCAACAGCUCAUCUGUGAAGUUGGUGUGGACAUUGUCUACAUGGUUACAGGAGGAAAAUCACUUCAGAAGGUUCAUGAUUUAGUAUGCAAAGGUUCCAAACGCAUCAAGACCACUUAUUUCAUCAUGAUCUUCGCCUCUGUCCAUUUUGUUCUCGCUCACCUACCUAAUUUUAACUCUAUCUCCGGUGUCUCUUUGGCUGCAGCAGUCAUGUCUUUAAGUUAUUCUACCAUUGCGUGGGUAUCUUCCAUCCACAAAGGACUCCAACCAAAUGUGGAAUACGGCUACAAAGCCCCAAAACCAUCAGACACAGUCUUCGGAUUCUUCACUGCUUUAGGUGAUGUAGCUUUUGCAUAUGCCGGCCACAAUGUAGUCCUGGAGAUUCAAGCCACAAUCCCUUCUACACCAGAGAAGCCAUCAAAGGGACCAAUGUGGAAUGGAGUUGUCAUUGCUUAUAUAGUUGUGGCUCUCUGCUACUUCCCAGUUGCACUUGUUGGAUACUAUAUGUUUGGCAAUGAAGUUGAGGACAACAUUCUUAUAUCAUUACAGAAACCCACCUGGCUAAUCGUAAUGGCAAACAUGUUCGUUGUUGUUCAUGUCAUCGGUAGCUAUCAGCUCUAUGCAAUGCCAGUGUUUGAUAUGUUAGAAACUGUAUUGGUAACCAAAUUGCAUUUCAAGCCAAGUACACCACUUCGUUUCAUCACUCGCAAUUUAUAUGUUGCCUUUACAAUGUUUGUUGCCAUCACCUUCCCUUUCUUUGGUGGACUUCUGGGCUUCUUUGGAGGAUUUGCUUUUGCCCCAACAACAUACUUUCUACCUUGCAUUAUGUGGCUUGCCGUAUAUAAACCAAAGAAGUUCAGCUUGUCUUGGUGUACCAACUGGAUAUGCAUUAUACUCGGCCUCCUGUUAAUGAUUCUUUCACCUAUUGGAGGGUUAAAGAAUAUCAUACAUAGCGCCAAGGAGUACAAGUUCUACUCUUGAUGGAUCUGAGUUGCUACCUUCUGUGAAAUCCUGUCAUGGUUCGGGCUUCUGUACCAUACGUAAUAAAAUGAAAAUGGUGUGGCAUACUAGUAAUCAGCUAUCUUAACAUCAAUAAGAUGUCUCUCGAGAAAUCUCCUCGAGGCUUCAAAAUACAUUCAUUUCUUGUGUCUUCCUGCAUGUGUCAAUGUGCAUGGCUAUACUCCAGAGUUUGGUCACCGUAUUAAUAUGUUCAUGCAGACAUGCUACAAUGUAUAUUACUAUUUCAGUAUUAUGCUGGCGUUUGGUUA